CGUAAUGUCAGUUUAAAAUCGGGUCCGCAUCGCGCAGACGCGAAGCUUGUGCCCAGUUUGCGCGCCAUUGUAAAAAAAGUAAUCAAAUAUGUUCCCUCUGCGCCGAAUUGGCAACAAGGUCUUGGAACAAUGGCGGGCACCGGCCGCUGUCGCUAUGAUGCCACAGAAGAACUACAGCACCCCAGCGCCCCCGCGGCCUCUCACCAUGCUCACUGAUGACGAGCUGGCCAUGAAAGAGACAAUAAGAAAACUGGCAACAGAACAAAUAGGACCAUUGGUUAAGAAAAUGGAAGAAGAGCAUAAAAUUGAUGACAACAUUAGACAGUUGUUAUUCGAUAACGGGCUGAUGGGUAUCGAAACGCCUGAAGAAUACAGCGGGUCAGGCUGCGGGUUCCUUACCAUGAUGUUAGUGGUAGAAGAACUAUCACGGGUUGAUCCCGCCGUUGCCGCGUACGUUGACAUACAUAACACCCUUGUUAACUCUCUCUUCAUGAAGCUGGGAACUGAAGAACAGAAGAAGAAAUAUCUGACAAAGCUCUGCACUGAAUACGCGGGUAGUUUCUGUUUAACAGAACCCACUUCUGGUUCAGAUGCGUUCGCAUUGAAGACUGUCGCAAAGAAAGAUGGCAACCAUUACAUCAUCAACGGCUCCAAGAUGUGGAUCUCCAACUCUGAUGUAGCUGGAGUCUUUCUUGUCAUGGCCAAUGCUGACCCUAGCAAGGGCUACAAAGGCAUCACGUGCUUCAUAGUAGAGCGCGAGACUCCGGGCCUGAGCGUGGCGAAGCCCGAGGACAAACUCGGAAUCCGCGCCUCCGGCACUUGUAUGGUGCACUUUGACAACGUACGCGUACCCGAAGAAAACAUCCUCGGGGAGUACGGACACGGUUAUAAGUACGCAGCGGGUUUCCUGAACGAAGGUCGCAUAGGUAUCGCAGCGCAAAUGAUAGGACUUAGCCAGGGUUGUAUGGACGCCACCAUUCCAUACACACUGGAGAGGAAACAAUUCGGAAAGAACAUCUACUCAUUCCAGGGUAUAAGUUACCAGAUAGCACAUCUCCAGACGCAGCUGGAAGCAGCACGUCUACUCACCUACAAUGCAGCGAGGCUCAAGGAGAAUGGUUUACCAUUCGUCAAAGAGGCUGCUAUGGCCAAGUAUUUUGCCUCAGAAAUUGCACAAACUCUAACAUCGAAAUGCAUCGACUUUAUGGGCGGUGUUGGCUUUACGAGGGACUUCCCGCAGGAGAAAUUCUUCAGAGAUGCUAAAAUAGGCACCAUCUAUGAAGGAACCAGUAAUAUGCAACUGCAAACUAUUGCCAAACUAAUCGAAAAAGAAUAUAAACAGUAAUUUUUUUUUACAAUCUAGCAACAUUAUCAAUCAGUGUUGCCAUAACUUUAACAUAAAAACUUUUGUAUAUUUUUAUUGUAAAUAAAUUGAUGUAUUGAC